AUGAUUCCUUCUAUGUUUGGCACCAAGAAGGUGGACAGAUCUCCUGUCUUUACCGAAGACGAUAUCCGGAAAUUGAUCUUGUCUUUUCCACCUCCGGAACCACGGCCUGGAAAAGAAUCUCUCGUUCGCAGUCUCUCAGGCCGCAACCUUGUUCGUUCAGAUGCAGUCAUCAAGCGUUUCCACUCUUUGCUUCAGAGUGCGACUGGUCCCGUCUUCCUAAACAGUCUGCACAAUGAGUUGGGAGUCCAUGAAGUACAAUGGCUCUUGACGCAGGAAGAUGAACGCAUUCAUUACAGUACAGAUCGUCGACGAUUGCUUCCCGAGAGUAUACAGAUAGCUAUCUUCCAAAGUGUGCAUAAUCAACUAGCCAGUAGUGGUGUUGAACUGGACAGCAUUGCCUCUGAAAAAGAUAUCACUGUUACCACACUCCGACGCAUUCUCGCUGCACAAGAUGCCAACCUAGUGCUCAAGGACCUCGAAGACGGAAAAACUUAUGAUUCGAAGUUCCUUCAGAAGCUCGAGACAGAUAUCAAGAAGAAUAUCGAGGAUGCGCAGGAGACGGUCGUGCUAAGCGAGACCUACACUCAAGUUCCAAUCUCCUGGUUGGAGUCUGCAGCCCAGAGCUUUGUAUCUACGGAUGACAACAAUGCAUCGGGUGUGGUAGAAGUGGUGUCUGGCAGGCUACGCUUCACGCCAAAGUCUCAACUCGUACAACUGCAAGGCGAACUCAAACAAGCCCAGAAUGCAUACAUUUUCAAAGCUGUCGCCGAGCUGGAAAGAAGUGGAUAUGUCGAAGUCACUAUCAGCUCCAGACCACAGAUUCUGCAGAACGCCGAAGAUGUCAAUCUUACUCGUGCGAUCCGAGAAGCGAUCGCCCUGGGGGAUGACAGCUUGAAUAUCGUUGAACUGAGCACACCACAGUCUUCAUUCCUUAUAUCACAAGAUGCUCUUUCGGCCAAGCGAUCCAUCAUUGCUGCUAGAGCCGCAGAUGCAGCUAGCGAGCAAUGGUCCUCCAGACAUCCAGGCGAAGAAGUGACCUUCGACCCCACCAGCCUACCCACCUCCAACGACACCUCAGCACCCCUAGACCAAGCAAUUCUCUCCUCGGGCGAUCCAGAAGACACAAUCGCAUCAGCCUUCUCCUCUCGCAUCCUCUCCCUCCAAACCUCAACACACUCAACCUUUGUCACAACCAUCCAAUCCGAACUCCUCGCACCCCUGAAACUCUACACCAUUGCCACAGACACAAUUUCCGAUUCCACACUCCAACCUCGCGUCCAAGAAUUCGUCCACGACUACGUUCGCAAAGAAUUAACCCCUCAAGUCCUCCUCACCAUCAAGCACCAAAACCUCAUCACCACAAAAUCCGUCUCCAGAGACGUCGACAAAUUCUCCGAAGCAGUGACCGCUGCGAGAACGUUGCAGGAACUCAACACUGCGACUGCAAAACUGGCUCGAAAGCAGAAGAUUGAAACUCCUUCGGCCCCUGCACUGCGAAACCGCAAAUGCGAAAUCUUGAUGCAAAAAAUGGCAGCGAUGAAUAAAAUGAAACGCAGUUCUGAUCUUUUGCAGAAUGCGAUUUGGAUCUUGUUGGCGAAAGGGAGGGAGGGCUUGUACAUGAGUUCGGGCAAGGAUACGAGUAGGAUGAUCAAAAUGGUCAGAGAGGGAGAUGUAGAGGCGGCGAGGAAAUUGGAAGAGUGGAAAGAUGUGGUCAAACAGGGCAAGGAUACCGAGGAUACAAAGAGGGAGAUGAGACAGGUGGCUGCUGAGGCGAUUGAAGAGUGGAAGGCUGCUUCUGUUGAUGCUGCGCUAGGUGAGGAGACGAGCAGCGAGCAAGUCAAGGAGGAGCAGACGACGACGACUUGA